AGGCAGGAAUGUGUGAUUUAGCUCAAAGCAUGUAUAGGCAGGUCUGUGCUGUUUUGAAUAGGAGCAGGUAUCCUCUAAAUGAAGAUCUAGAGAGACAGAAAAUAGCACAGUUACAUUUGCUGAGGACUUUGAUGCUGUAAAAGCUUGAUCUUAAUGCUCAAAAAUGGAGGCGCUGUGUUCGUUGGACACCUGGAAGAAGGAUUCUCAUGUCCCCGAGCGAGUAAGUGACACACUGGUCAUGGAGAGUUUGAACCAAAAUCUUAGCAGUGGACAUCAGUCCCAUCAGCUGCUUCAGAGCACUCCACUGGAUUUGUUCGAGACCGGUAAAGCACUGAAAUUCCAAGCAGAGCGCCCCCAUUUGGUCAGUCUAGGAAGUGGCCGUCUCAGUACAGCCAUCACACUCUUACCCCUGCCCGAAGGCAAGACCACUCUGGGUCACGGAGCCAUGGACAUCAGCAUCCAGGGCCCGGGGAUCGCAGCUCAGCAUUGCUUUAUCGAGAACAGGGCUGGAGUCAUCACUCUGCACCCCUGUGGAAACCAGUGUAGCAUGGACGGACUGCUGGUCACCAAACCUGUGCGCCUGUCUCAAGGCUGUAUGCUGUGUUUCGGCCAGUCCGCAUUCUACCGCUUCAACCACCCCGAGGAGGCUUUCCGAAUGAAAAGCAUGAUGCCUGAGGGAGGACAGAAAGCCAGUGUGAAAAACUGGGCCCUCACAGAUUCUGAGAACUUGGUCAAUGGGAACCACCCGUCAGGAGCGCCAAAAUCUCACUUGGUCUCCAACGAGGGAGUGCGCCCUGAGCACAGUGCCAUUGUCAGUUCCAUUGAGAAGGACCUUCAGGAUAUUAUGGACUCAUUAGUCAUGGAUGACCCUCAGCCCUCUUCGUCUGAGUCAAAGAAGCCCUCUGGUCAUCCUAUCUCCCAGUGUCCCCUGUCCCCCAUGUUAAACGGAGGGGGGCGCUUCCUUCUCUCGCCCCCAACGAGCCCUGGUGCUAUGUCUGUGGGCUCCAGUUACGAGAAUAACUCCCCUCCUUUCUCUCCACUCUCGUCCCCAUCGGCCGCCAGCAGUGGCAGCUACACCAGUCCCUCGCCGAGUGGUUGUCAGGACCAGUUUCACACGCUUCCUCCUGUGCCAGUGAGGUCUUCUAGUUACAAUUACACCAGCCAGCCACCCAUACCUCAGCCACGGACCACACUGCCCAGCUAUUCCAGUGGCAACAGUGGGCCAAAGGUGCCUGAGAGUCCCAGACUCCAGCGAAAGGCACUUUUAGAAGCACCGCCAAGCCCAAAGCCAAGUCGUAAGGGGUUUAACCAAGACAGCUUGGUGGCUAAAUCCCCAGACAGCCCCAUACAGACUCACAUGCUGCCCUUAGUCUCAAGCUCUACUGCCCUGUCUGAUGCCCCAUCUGUCUGUCGGGUACCAGUUCCAGGUAGUCCCAGAUUCACCCCCAAAUUCUCCACCGCAUCCCCAUCAUCCUCGCCCUCUAGUCCCAGAUCCAAAACUGCCGUUGUUCUCCAGGAUCGCCCCUCAAGUCCUUUCCGGGAACAGCCUCAGCCAGACCGCUCCUUGACGUCCAGCCCCUCUCACCAACUCUCCCCACCCUCGCGAUCUUUCCAGCCCCCCUUAGACCCCAUUGUCCACAUCAUUCAGGGUGGACCCCCACACCCGCAUCCUCGCACACUACAGCCUCCAGAAAGUCCGCGGCUGGCCCGCAGGAACCUUGAAGGGAGCAGCAUGAGGGAACUUCCCCCUCUCAGCCCCUCUAUAGCCCGCAGGGGGGUUCCUGUGCUCCCAGGAGCUCUACCAGGAACCCUGCGAACUCCAGAGAUUCCAUGCCCAAGAAUUGUGCCAGAGAGUCCCAGACUCCGACGGAAAGCAGGGUCUCCUUCGGAGGAGCCGUUCAGUCCUCGUGGUGUGCGUGCUCGUAGUCCUUCACCCACCUCCGGACUGAUGGGGGAAGGCAGUGGACGGAAGGGCAGUUUUGGGAACUCGCUGUCUUCGGCCUUCAGCCUUGGUUCUCUUCCUGGGUCAUCGCCCCGAUCCAGUCCCAGAAGCCACCGGAAGAUGUCAGCAGGCCACAGGGACCACCGGAUGCCUCACCCAGGCAUGAGGGAGCGCAAAAACAGCAUUACGGAGAUCAGCGACAACGAAGACGAUCUUCUUGAGUACCACCGACGCCAAAGAGAGGAGCGACUCAGAGAGCAGGAGAUGGAGAGGCUGGAACGGCAGCGGCUGGAGACAAUCUUGAACCUAUGCGCCGAGUAUAACAAGGGUGACGGGCCGGCGGGAGAUCUGGGCAGGAUGGGCGUCUCUGGGCUCGGCUCGAGGGAAGGGCUUAACAGACGUCCUUCCAUGGACAGUGUGAGCAGCGCUUCGCUGAAGGUGGCGCAGAGACAUUGUGAAAGCCAAGAGGAGAACCUGAAGGAGGACAGCAGUAGCACUGAGAGUGCUCAACAGGACCGACGGACCCUACCAGUUCUGCUAAAUGGGCAAAAUGGACAGGCAGAGGACUCUUUGGGAUCGGGCAGCAUUGGCCGUCUGGAACUGGGGUACCUGGAGGAGGAGCGGGUUCGAGUGCUGGCAAAGGUAGAUGAACUCAAAGGUCGAAUCACAGAACUGGAGCAGCAACUUCAGGAGUCCAAACAGGAGGCGGAGAUGGAGAGAGCUCUGCUUCAGGGAGAGAGACAGGCCGAGCUGGAGCAAAUCGAGGCCGAGACUGAGAUUAUCAACCAGCUGCAACGCAAACUCAGCGAACUGGAGAACAGUAUCCAGAGAGAAAAAGACAAAGCAUGCCAUUCUGCCGGAUGGCCACUCAAGGCCCAUUCUGGUCUCGAUUGCCAUCCCAAGGAGAGGGCUAAUGUUGACGUGGAGCGGGAAGCCCUGGAGAGGCUUCAGGAUGGGUACAAUGAGUUGAAGAGCCAGCUCCAUAACUGCCCUGAGUCUCUGAGGGAGCAGUUACAGGAACAACUCAAGAGGGAAGCUGAGACUCUUGAGGCUGCGACAAAGCAGUUUGAGGACCUGGAGUUCCAGCAGUUAGAGAAGGAGAGCAGUCUAGAGGAGGAGCGUGAGACCAUCAGCCAGCAGCUGCUGCAGGACAGAGCCCAGUACCACAGCAGUGUCACCAAAAGAAAGGACAAGGUUGCAGCGUUGGAAAGCCAGGCCAGUCAGCUGGGAAUACAAGCUGCCCAGGAGUGUGAGAGGCUGGUCAAGGACAGAAGCGUCACCUUUCAGCUGCUACAGAAGGAAAAGGAAAGGCUGGCCAGUCUGGAGAAAAGAUAUCUGAGCCUAACUGAACUGCUCUUAUGGGGUUUGGAUGUGAAUAAACUGACAGCUGAACUUCUGUCCUGCGUGAAUGGGUUGGCUGUUAACGUGUCUCAGGAGUACUUGAAGCUGUCGGAUGUUUAUAAGAUGUAUGGGAGUGAUUGCCAUGACAUCCAGCUCGCCAACGCUUCCUCACAUGGCCUCUCGCUUGCCCUUGACCCAGCUGUAACUGCCCCCCGUGAGGAGUAUGUGACCGUGGGCCAAUUAAACCAGAUCUAUGGGAUGCCGAAGGUGGAGUCUUCCCCUACCUCACCCAUCCAAUUACUUCAUCCUUCUCUCGCAGACUCCGCCUUCUCCUGCCUCCCCUCCCCUCAUGGCUCCUCCCUCACUCUCUCCUUUGAGCGUCAGUCGGACUGGGGAAGGCCUCAGAUGCCCGCUCUAGAUUUAGAUCGCUGGUACCAGGAGGUUAUGGCAGCUGGAGAUAGACAGAAAAAGGUCAAGAAGAGCAGGGGGAGAGGCUCCGACAUGGCAGGGGGUUUGAGAGGCUUUGACAAAGGAUUUGAGGAGCUGUACGUUUGUGUGUCAUUCCAGACUGAGGGAAGACAGUGGAAUAUUGGCAUCAGUAACUUGGAUGCUGAGUGCCAGAGGCUGGCGCAGAGGAAAUUAGAUAACGAACGGCAGCGGCUGGAGACAAUCUUGAACCUAUGCGCCGAGUAUAACAAGGGUGACGGGCCGGCGGGAGAUCUGGGCAGGAUGGGCGUCUCUGGGCUCGGCUCGAGGGAAGGGCUUAACAGACGUCCUUCCAUGGACAGUGUGAGCAGCGCUUCGCUGAAGGUGGCGCAGAGACAUUGUGAAAGCCAAGAGGAGAACCUGAAGGAGGACAGCAGUAGCACUGAGAGUGCUCAACAGGACCGACGGACCCUACCAGUUCUGCUAAAUGGGCAAAAUGGACAGGCAGAGGACUCUUUGGGAUCGGGCAGCAUUGGCCGUCUGGAACUGGGGUACCUGGAGGAGGAGCGGGUUCGAGUGCUGGCAAAGGUAGAUGAACUCAAAGGUCGAAUCACAGAACUGGAGCAGCAACUUCAGGAGUCCAAACAGGAGGCGGAGAUGGAGAGAGCUCUGCUUCAGGGAGAGAGACAGGCCGAGCUGGAGCAAAUCGAGGCCGAGACUGAGAUUAUCAACCAGCUGCAACGCAAACUCAGCGAACUGGAGAACAGUAUCCAGAGAGAAAAAGACAAAGAGAGGGCUAAUGUUGACGUGGAGCGGGAAGCCCUGGAGAGGCUUCAGGAUGGGUACAAUGAGUUGAAGAGCCAGCUCCAUAACUGCCCUGAGUCUCUGAGGGAGCAGUUACAGGAACAACUCAAGAGGGAAGCUGAGACUCUUGAGGCUGCGACAAAGCAGUUUGAGGACCUGGAGUUCCAGCAGUUAGAGAAGGAGAGCAGUCUAGAGGAGGAGCGUGAGACCAUCAGCCAGCAGCUGCUGCAGGACAGAGCCCAGUACCACAGCAGUGUAGCCAAAAGAAAGGACAAGGUUGCAGCGUUGGAAAGCCAGGCCAGUCAGCUGGGAAUACAAGCUGCUCAGGAGUGUGAGAGGCUGGUCAAGGACAGAAGCAUCACCUUUCAGUUGCUACAGAAGGAAAAGGAAAGGCUGGCCAGUCUGGAGAAAAGAUAUCUGAGCCUAACUGGUGGAAAGACAUUCCCCAAAAGCUCAAACACUAUAAAGGAGGAUGUGCUUCACAUCAGCGAGGCUGACCUCUUAGACGAUGACCAGCCCUCCUCCUCCUCCUCCCCCUUUCAUGCAUCCUCAUUCCACUCAUAUCCCAUCAUGCCUCAGGAGGUAACUAAACUAACAGAGUACUUGAAGCUGUCGGAUGUUUAUAAGAUGUAUGGGAGUGAUUGCCAUGACAUCCAGCUCGCCAACGCUUCCUCACAUGGCCUCUCGCUUGCCCUUGACCCAGCUGUAACUGCCCCCCGUGAGGAGUAUGUGACCGUGGGCCAAUUAAACCAGAUCUAUGGGAUGCCGAAGGUGGAGUCUUCCCCUACCUCACCCAUCCAAUUACUUCAUCCUUCUCUCGCAGACUCCGCCUUCUCCUGCCUCCCCUCCCCUCAUGGCUCCUCCCUCACUCUCUCCUUUGAGCGUCAGUCGGACUGGGGAAGGCCUCAGAUGCCCGCUCUAGAUUUAGAUCGCUGGUACCAGGAGGUUAUGGCAGCUGGAAAUGUAAACCAGCUCUGCCCUCCUCCCCUCCCGGCUAAAGCUUUGUCAUCACGCAAGCCUGUGCAGGUGUACCGCUCUCGACUGGACAGUGAUACCAGCCAAUCGUCGCCGAGACCGAAAAUCAGCGCUGGUCUGUCCCCUACUUACACUUCGGCUACGCUGGGACGCAACACUCAAGCCAGGAGUCCUCUGAUGGUUGCCAACAGCACCGGGAGUCUCCCACGCAACCUGGCAGCCACCCUGCAGGACAUUGAGGCCAAGAGGCAGCUGGCUCUUCAGCAGAAAGGUCAGCAGGUUAUUGAUGAGCAGCGGAGACGUUUGGCCGAACUGAAGCAGAAAGCUGCAGUAGAGGCCCAGUGCCAGUGGGAGGCGCUCCAUGGCUCUCAAACACAUCUCAACAUUCCCUUUUCCUCAACCUCCACCGGGCCAGUCAUGCACCACUCCAUCCUGCACCACACAGCGCCCUCUUCUGGGGAACAACCGUACGACACCCUCAGCCUGGAGAGCUCGGACAGCAUGGACACAAGCAUCUCCACUGGAAACAACUCCGCCUGCUCUCCUGACAAUAUGUCCAGUGCCAGUGGUAUGGAUGCGCUGAAGAUCGAAGAGAUGGAGAAGAUGUUGAAGGAGGCACACCUGGAGAAAGCUCGACUCAUCGAGUCCAGAGAACGAGAGACUCAGACCCGUAAACUCAUGCUAGAGGAAGAGAGAAGAAGAAGGGAGGUGGCGGAGAAGAGACUGCAGGAGGAGACGGUACACAGACAGCAGCUGAUAGAGAAGGAGGUGAAGAUGAGGGCCAAAAACUUCUCUCAGGCCCGUCCAAUGACACGAUACCUUCCCAUUCGCAAAGAGGAGUUUGACCUCCGCUCCCACAUCGAGUCCUCAGGUCACAGCGUGGACACGUGCUACCACGUGAUUCUCACCGAAAAGAUGUGCAAGGGCUAUCUUGUCAAGAUGGGAGGGAAGAUCAAAUCCUGGAAGAAGCGCUGGUUCGUCUUUGAUCGCCUUAAAAGGACGUUUUCCUACUACGCGGAUAAACAUGAGAGCAAACUGAAGGGCGUCAUCUACUUCCAGGCUAUCGAGGAGGUUUACUACGAUCACCUGCGAAGUGCCACGAAGAGCCCCAACCCCUCCCUGACCUUCUGUGUGAAGACGCACGACAGACUGUAUUUCAUGGUGGCCCCCUCCGCUGAGGCCAUGAGGAUCUGGAUGGAUGUGAUCGUGACGGGUGCCGAGGGCUACACGCAGUUCAUGAACUGACAGAAAAACUGACCCGCACGUCAAAACGGAAACCGUUCGGCAGGGAGACUUUAAAAUAACCCAUACCUGUUAUUCCCAACGAGAGGAAAAACGUUAUUUUGCUACUUCCUUUUUUCUCUUCUUCUCGUGUUUCCUGAAGAUGUUAUGUAUCCACCAGAGGUUUUCCACGUCUGCCUGGAUUGAAAAAGGGAGCUCUAGAAGACGAAAAGACCCGGUGAACCAAACCUGCAGGUGGUGGCUCACUCGCCAUCUUCCAAAAUGCCUUUUUGCCGUCAGAGAUAUUUUUCAGUUGCAGUUUGUCUUGUCUGGAUGUGCAGAAACAUGUAAUAGACUUUCAUUUGUAACGUUUGUCCCACUCUUUUUCCUUUCAAACAUAAUGGGAAAAAUGCCAAAUGACAUCAAGCCAUUCUGGAAUAGUAUUGCGCUAAAAAAUUCGAUGGGAUUGACCGACGCGAGAGAAUAUUUUGAGAGAAUACUGCCGUACGUUUAAGUGAUAUUUUAAAUGAAAUUUACAAGAGUAUACUAUUCACAUUUAAAGAUCCCGUAUCACAGAAACAAAGACUUAAUCCACCAAAGCUCACCUACCAGCUCAGGAGUCUAUAUUUAUUGUAGAGGGACAUCAGCGACUCCAACUGUAUCCCACUGUGUUCCCAUCUUAUUCUUUUAGAGACAGAACCUCAAACACAUGCACACACACCACAAACAACAGUAGAGUCUAUUUGCCAAGUCCUGACAACUUGAUCUUGUGAUUUGACUCCCAAGGGAGGCAGCCAUCUCCCAUCACUGCCAGCCUAUGAGAGUUUGGAAUAAUUGCCACAAACAAGAGAAAACGAAACAUCAUAAUCAUGCAAGUCAUGCAGUGCCUUGAUAUUGUCCCAUAUUUGUCACUGUUAAUAUUUGAACUGUGACACUAGUGAAAAAUUGCUGGAAUCACAGGCUUGAGGUGUGGUCACAUUAACAAAAUUUCACUAAAAAAGGUCAAUUGUCAGUAGUUGUCGCAAUGUACGAAGCACAGCUCGCACGAAAGACGCUUUCAAACCAAACAGCUUUCUGUUUGUCAAUGUGGAAGAUUCGUGAAUCGCGAAUUUUUUUGUGGGGAAUAGCUGGGUUUCAGUCACGUGAUUAUGAUGACGCGCGGAAUUCAGAUGGAGGACAGGGAGUGAAGAGCGCAAUGGACGAGAUGGAUGAAAGUCCGUACUGUACUACUUUACACGCCAUUACAAGAGAAAGAUAUAAACGAAAAAUCAAACAUAUGUUGGACGUGAUCCUUACGUUUUCAACUGAAUUGGAAUAUUUUCCUGGCAUCGAGGCGGUAGAUAUCAGCAACUACCUCGUCUUACAGACAUACUUUGACUUUACAAAGUUCGGAAACGUUACAUUACACAAAAAGUCACUUAAGUUGAAUUAACUCACCUUUGACGAAGUGAACACUAGGGGUGUAA